AUGGCCUCAGCCUUCAGUGCCCUCCAUGGCACGACAAACAAUUCAUCACAGUUCACGGUGACUGCGCUCGGCCGCUGGUCCAUUUUGUCCAAGCAACUUCCAGCUGUCGAGAAAAUCAAAGCCCUGCAUGUCUACGAUUUUGACAACACAUUGUUCAAAACCCCCCUUCCCAAUCCCUCUCUAUGGCAGGGCCAGACGAUUGGGUUGCUCUCCAAUCAAGAAACCUUCGUGAACGGCGGCUGGUGGCACGACAACAGGAUACUCGCGGCAACGGGCGAAGGUUUGGAAAAGGAGGAACCGCGCGGUUGGGAAGGCUGGUGGAACGAAAAGAUCCUUGAGCUUGUCAAGCUCAGUAUCAAACAACCCGAUGCUCUUUGUGUGCUGUUGACUGGUCGAUCUGAGCCGAAGUUCUCCAGCUUGAUCAAACGAAUGAUCGCAAGCCAAGGCCUGGAGUUUGACAUGGUUGGUCUGAAGCCACCUGUCAGCCCAACGAACCAGCGCUUCCAAAGCACCAUGCACUUCAAACAGCUCUUUCUCACCUCAUUGAUGGAGACGUACAAACUAGCCGACGAAAUCAGGGUUUACGAGGAUCGCCCGAAGCAUACUAAAGGAUUCCGCGAGUUUUUAACCGACUACAACAAUCGGCAGAAUGCAUACCCGUCCAGAGGACCGAUUACAGCAGAAGUCAUCCAAGUGCCUGAUUGCUCAACGACUUUAGAUCCCGUUGUUGAAGUUGCCGAAGUUCAACAUAUGAUAAAUUCACAUAAUCAGAUUGCCUCAAAGCAGUCCUCCAAGAAGAAACUCAGGAUCAAGAAGACUGUAUUCUUCACAAGCUAUACCGUCGGCCCCGAGGAUUCAGAUAAAUUAGUCAAACUCGCACGCCUACCUGCAAACUUCAAUUAUACUGAUCUUAUCUGGCACGGCAAUAAUAUCCUUAUUUGCCCCAGACCCUGUCCAGCUAGUAUCUUGGACAAGGUUGGCGGCAUGGGAAGCAAAAUGAAGUGGGAGGUCACGGACACGGGCCAUUUCGACAACAGCAUCUGGGCCGCUAGGCUACGACCUGUGCCGCUUACUGCCAAAUACCAUACUGACAACCCAGUUCCUUUGGUUGUGUUGGCUCUGAAGAAGGGUACGCGUCCGAUUGACGCUGGGCGAAUUGACAACUGGCAACCCAUUCCCCAGGAUAGAACUUUCAUAUUCGAGACUGUUAUUGGAGAGAAGGUCAUACUACGCAUAGAACCUGACGACCCCAAGGAAGAUGAGUACGAAAGCCUCUUUGCGAAUAAAUCCUCAAAGCGAAAACACACCGGCGAUGAUGAAUGGGCUGGACGCAACACAUCUGGGAGCCACGGUGGCCGCAAUGAUACUAGAGGUUAUCACACAAGUGCACGAGGCGGUCGCGGCCGCGGAGGCCAGAAUCGCGGUAAUAAGAGCCAUCGCGGAGGAAGAGGGCGCGGUCGUGGCGGAUUUUACAAUUACCGGUCUCUUGAUGAUGUUGAACCCAAGGCUCAACAAGGGGGCCAAGCCCCUCAGGUAGACUACGACGAUUCAUUUCCAUCUCUCCCCCCCAGGCAGCCUAAUGGGCAGAAUGGCUGGCAAGGACAGGCGAAUCAGCGGCCCCUAGGGAAGCAAGCAGGAGGUGGGCAAGACCUGCAAAACUAUUACUAA